ACUCAGAAUAAGUUUCCACCACUGACAGAGCAACAUCUAGCUCUCAUUAGGCUUUAUAUGAAAAUAACGUGCUUUUUAUAUUAAUUCGACUUCUUCAUCACUGACUCGGAAACUCACUGACUUUCACCUCUACCCUGAUGGGGAACCGAAAAGCACAGUAAUAACCAAAAUUAUGAACAAUGCAUGCGUUACAAUUCUAGCAAGACUUGGGAGCUGAUGCGAGCAAAUCUCUAAAAUCUUUAAGAACAUAUUUACCGGACAGCAUCAUGGAAAACACAACCAUAUUGUACACAGAUUUCCAGCGCUACCUCUUCACACCCAUCUACAGCCUGGUCUUGUUUUUCGGAUUGAUUGGAAAUCUCGGAGCUUUGUAUUACUUCGUCUUUAAAAUCAAACAGAAAUCUCCUUCAAAUAUAUAUAUCAUUAACCUAGCGGUGGCCGACACGCUUUUCUUGUUCGCCUUGCCAUUUCGUAUCCACUACCACCUCAAUGACAGCAACUGGAUAUUUGGCGAUGCCAUGUGUCGCAUCACUGGCACCAUCUUCUUCGCCAACAUCUACAUCAGCAUCAGCUUCAUGACCUGCAUCUGCGUGGACCGCUACAUCGCCACCCUCCACCCUCACACCUACCUGCAGCUUCGCAACACGAAUCUCACAGCUCUGGUGAGCACCGCUGUGUGGUUGGUCUCCGGCUCGGCCGUGUUGGCCUUCAUGCUAACAUGCCCAUUAUCAAGCAAAGGGAACAUGUGCUUUGAGGGCUUCACUAAAGAGGAGUGGAGUGACUUGGCCCCGUACAGCAUAUGCAGUCUCAUUUUUGGCUCCCUUCUGCCCUCUGUGGUCAUCCUGGUGUGCUACCCCAUUGUCGCCCGUCGAAUCGCCCGGAUCAACAACUCCACCGCCCGCGGGGCACGGCGCAUCAUCUACGCCAUCCUGGUCAUCACAAUUCUGUGUUUUCUGCCUUACCAUGUCGUGCAUCUAGCGUACCUCUUGUCACGCUUGAGAGACAUCAAAGAGGAUGGCGGGAUUUACGUCCUCCGUAGGGUGACCAUGGCUCUGGUCAGUCUAAACAGCCUCCUGGACCCGCUGUUGUACUACUUUGCUACGGGUCACUACAAAUGGAGGCUCAAAAGACUGAGGCUGAAGAAGAAAAAGGGGGUUUAUUCCAUUUCCAAAGGCUUUUGAUGGCUUUGUUUCAGCUGAACUGUUUCAGUUAAAAGGAGUAAAAGAAAGGCAAGACAGCUAAUAAAAUUCAUCUUUAAUGCCAAAUCUGCAGUACAGAAAUAUGGACUCCAAUGUGGCUAGGAGUUUUUUUUCUCAUAUAAUUGUACUACUAGUGCAAAAUCAAAUGAGAAUGACUGUAGUUACUACAUAACAGCAAACUUACUCUUAGACUGAUAAAUUGUUUUUUUGUAAUGAUCUUGGGUCUUGAGUCUUUUUAGUGGUUCAUGCAAUGUUUUUGUGUUUUAAUUUUGUUUCUCAUCAAUUAAUUAUUGCAUAUAUUAGUUGAUUUGGAUGUCAGUGUCAUCCCUGCAUAUUGUUUGCAAUUCUGAAUACUGACCACUUUUUUUAUGUUGAACUUUUAUCUAAAGCUAAGAAAUAAAUAUAUUUUCACAAACGA